AUGCAAGAUGUGGACGAGAUAGCCCGGGAGACAAACAAGCCCCGCUUGUCCGGACGCGUCCACAUCCUGGGCCUGGGAAACGUCGGGUGUUUUGUCGCCCAUUCUCUAGCAUGGAGACAGUCUCCGCCGCCCAUUACCCUGAUGCUGCACAACCCUGAAUUCUACGAGGACUUUCUCCGCAAGAAGAGCUGCAUCUCCAUCAAUACCAAUGGUCUGGACGAUAUCAAGACCGGGUUCGACGUCAACGUCUUCCACAACAACUCAUGGCGCUCGAUUGCCUACGGCAGCGACGCGGAUAGGAAACCAAAUGAGGCACCAGAUAUACUUGCCUCAGCGGAGAAAGACGAAGGGCAUAUCGAGUGUCUGGUCGCGACGGUCAAGGCGAACCACACAGUCAACGCAUUGAAAACUGUCAGCCACCGCUUGACGGCUGACUCGACCAUCUGCAUUCUCCAGAACGGCAUGGGCACGAUGGACUUGCUCAACCGGGAAGUCUUCCCGGAUCCGGCGACACGGCCAAAAUACCUGAUGGGCAUCGUCAGUCAUGGCCUGAUGCGAGCGGAGAAGUUCCUGAUUAGACAUAUGGGAGUGGGAACGACGAUUCUCGCGCCUGUGGCUCGCAGCAACGUCCCUGCCAAUCCCGCCGAGUCCGAUACCAGCUGGGCACCCACCACCAAGUAUCUCCUACGCCUGCUCACACUCACGCCGCAACUCGUCGCUGUCGCCGAACGACCCACGGAGCUAAUUCAAUACCAGCUCGAGAAGCUGGCGGUAAACUGUGUGGUCAACCCAUUGACCGCACUCAUGGAUUGCAAAAACGGCGAGCUCCUCGGUCAUCUCAGUCUAACUCGCGUGAUGCGACUCCUUCUUUUUGAGAUCUCAAGCGUGAUCUGCGCUCUGCCCGAACUGCAGGGCAUCCCCGGUCUGGAAGAGCGAUUCAGCCCCGAGCGCCUCCGCAAAAUGGCCGUAAAUAUCAUGUACAAAACCAGAGAAAACAGCAGCUCGAUGCUACAGGAUGUCCAGAGCGCGCGGGUGACGGAAAUCGAGUUUCUGAAUGGCUACAUCGUCCGCCGGGGCGAGGAGCUGGGGAUCAAACCGGUGUUGAAUUAUACCAUGAUGAACUUGGUCAAGGGCAAGUCGUUUCUGGCACAAGCCCGAAACGAUUCUGCAAUCCCUAUCGAUUUUGUUGAAGACGAUGAUUUCCGGACUGACCGCGACGGUUAA